CACCCAGAAAUAGCAAAUCCCAGAAAACCCACCCGUAUAUUGAGGUUCUAUCAUCAGUAACCUACGCUAGCCUUUCCUUCUUCCUUUUCUGUCUUCCGGGUUUGAAGAAGUGAAAAGCAAAGACGGGUCUGCCUCUGUGGAUGCUUGGGUUGGGUGCGGAACGGUUGCGAGCCGACAUGAAUCGUCUGCUCGCUUUGCUCUUCCACCAGGGAGUGCUGGAUGAGCAGUUCUUGCAGCUUCAGCAACUUCAAGAUGCAACCUCACCAAACUUUGUCUCUGAGGUCGUUAACAUCUACUUCAAUGAGUCCGAGAAACUCUUGAGAAAUCUCAGAGGAUUGCUGCUGGAUAGAGAGUUCUCCGACUACAAGAAAAUGGGAAUCCAUUUAAAUCAGUUUAUGGGGAGUAGUUCAAGCAUUGGUGCCAAAAGAGUCAGAAAUGUAUGCGUUGCCUUUCGCGCAGCUUCCGAGCAGAAUAACAGACCUGGGUGCUUGAGAGGUUUGGAGCUGCUGGAACACGAAUAUUGUUAUCUCAAGAACAAACUACACGAACUGUUCCAUCUAGAGCAGCAGCGACUACUGGCAGCUGGAGUCAGGUACCCCAUGCAGAAUUGA